AUGGCAUUCCCUAUGCCUCUCAUUGUGUGCGGCAAGGUGCCGCAAGUCGCAAUUGGUGUGAGAGAGGGCCUCAAACCAGCGUAUGAUGCGAUCCACAUCAUGAUGUCUGUGGAGAGUGGAAUAAACGAGAUACCCUCUCUUUUACAGGGAUAUCGUCCCUCAGCCAACGAUUCAGAGAAUCUCGGAUCCCAGCGAUACGGUCAGAAACCUGUAGCCAUCGUUACAGGAGGCGGAUACAGCGACGACGACUUUGCCAAAAUGCGAAAAGCCUGUGAGGGGCUAAGUAGCGUGCCAUGGCUGCGCCAUGAUUUGAGCAACAGCUUUGAUCCCAGCAACGCUAGGCCAAAACUUGGUCUUGAAUAUGGCAAGCAGAUCGCUGAGCGAGUGAAAAAUUGCUUGAAGGAAUUGGCUGAGAGCGGAAAGAUGAAUAAUGACGGAGUGUACUACUAUUAG